UAAGCACUGUGUGACCACAAACCCAAAAUAUACAAAAAAAAAAUGAAGAGAAGCAGGAAGUACUAUUAUAGUGCCUGGGAACCACAGGGUUUAGGAGAAUGGAGGCUCUGGAGGUGAGGAGAAAGUCCUUAUGUACCCAGUGUCCAGCCCAUUCUCCCAAAUGUACCUUGUGUCUUGAACAUGUGACCUCGUUUCCCCUCAGCUGUUGAUAAAGAUGGACUCUUUGGUACUUCCCAAAUGGACCCAAGAUGAAGACAUUUUACGUUUUUAUUUAGACACCAUGAUUUACAACAUGGUUGACAGUGGCAUUUCAGGCACAUAAUAGUCCAACUCUAAGCCCAUCAGCAGUGCCAACUUACCUCACCAGUUUGCUUCCAACCCCUCAAACCUAAACCUUGUCAGGCAUGUAUUAAAGUUUAAUUAUUGUGGGUUGAGUCCCAUGCUUAUAGCAGUGUUGGGUGUAGUGAUUUUGAUAAAUACAGAUGCUCAUCUCUCCAUAACAGAGAAGUCCAAGGCUUCUUUUGCCCUUAUGUUACUACCAGACCUCCUCUUCUUGCUCCUCCUUCUAGUUUUCUCCUCCCCUGACAUUUUCCGCUUCUGUACAUCCAUGGAUUUGCUCAUCUUUGAUACCUUGCAUUCCUUAAACGGUCUUUUUUUUUUUUUUUUUUUUUUUGCUUUUUGGGUCACAACCAGCGAUGCACAGGGGUUACUCCUGGCUCUGCACUCAGGAAUUACCCCUGGUAGUGCUCAGGGGACCAUACGGGGAUGCUGGGAAUCGAACCCCGGGUCGGCCGUGUGCAAGGCAAACACCCUACCUGCUGUGCUAAUGCUCCAGCUCCAGCUUUAUUCUUUACACCACAAAUUAGUGAGAACAUCUAGUAUUUGCCCUUGACUUACUUCCCUUAACGUGACCUCCUCCAGCUUCAGGCGCAUCCAAGCUUUUCCGAAUGGCUUGAUUUCACCAUUCCUUGUGACUACGUACUGCACAUUCAGAUCACACCUUCAAAUGACUUAGUGUGGGGAGAGGCAACUGCAAACUCUAGCAACUAGAUCACGUGCGCCUGGUUGUGAUGGGGAAGUUUUGUGGACCCUGCACAAGCUCCUUUCUCCGCCCAGGUGGCCUGGGGUCCCCAGUCCCUGAAAGCUUGGCACCCUGCAGGGUGGCAGUCAGCUUCUUCCCGAGGCGGCCCACAGCUCAGGGUUCAUUCGCAGAGGCGGAAUGAUGGAUGCUUUUGGGCCCCCAGAGCGUCGAUCUUGUCCCCCUCCUCGGGCGCGUCCAGGGGUGGGGGGUGGGGGUGGGGACAGGUACCCCGUCUGGUCUCACCUGCCCUCCGGGAUUUCCAAACCCUGCUGGGCCAGAGCCCACUAGAAACCGUUUCCGUGUGACACCCGUUCACCGGCGGGCGGGCGGCAGCGUGCCCGCGUCCCUCUGGGUGCGGCGCGCGGUCGGGGACGCUCGGGCCCCGCUUUCACUUUCGGCACCCGCGAGGCGGCGGAGGCGCGAGCGAGGCGGUCGGCCCGGCGGCAGGCCAUCCUAGCAGCUCUUAUGGCUGACCAUCGGCUGACGGCACCCAGCGUGCCCUUCCUCCUGUCCUCGCUGUUGAUUCUCCUAACGGUACCAGCUUCUUCCCGGGCGCAGAGCACAGAUGCCGCCUCUCCAAACGCUGAUGAGGGAACACCCUUUCCUUGGAAUAAAAUGCGACUUCCAGAGCAUGUCACCCCACUCCAUUACGACCUCAUGAUCCAUGCCAACCUCUCCACGUUGACCUUCGGGGGGACCGUGGAGAUCCAGGUGACCAGUAGCGAGCCCACCAGCACCAUCAUCCUGCACAGCCAGCACCUGCACAUCUCUCGGGCCACCCUCCGGAUGGGUCCUGGAGAGGGAGAAGAUGAAAGCCCUCUGAGGGUGCUGGAGCACCCGGCACAUGAACAGCUCGCCCUGCUGGCCCCGCAGCCCUUGCUCGCCGGGCGCCUGUACAGGGUCACCAUCCACUAUGCCGGCAACCUCUCCGAGAGCUUCCAUGGCUUCUAUAAAAGCACCUACCAGACCCGGGAUGGGGAGCUGAGGGUACUUGCUUCCACACAGUUUGAACCUACUGCUGCCAGAAUGGCUUUCCCCUGUUUUGAUGAACCUGCCUUCAAAGCGAGUUUUUUAAUCAAGAUCAGAAGGGAACCACAGCACCUUGCACUCUCCAACAUGCCUCUGGUGAAAUCCAUAACUCUUACUGGAGGACUCAUUGAAGACCAUUUUGAUGUCACUGUGAAGAUGAGCACGUACCUGGUGGCCUUCAUCAUUUCAGAUUUUAAGUCUGUCAGCAAGAUGACCAAGAGCGGAGUCAAGGUGUCCAUAUAUGCGGUGCCAGAGAAGAUCGACCAAGCCCAUUAUGCACUGGAUGCUGCUGUGACUCUUCUCGAAUUUUAUGAGGACUAUUUCAGUAUCCCAUAUCCCUUACCCAAACAAGAUCUUGCUGCCAUUCCUGACUUUCAGUCUGGUGCUAUGGAGAACUGGGGACUGACAACCUACAGAGAAUCGGCUCUGUUGUUUGACACUCAGAAAUCUUCGGCCUCCAGUAAGCUUGGCAUCACCAUGACUGUAUCCCAUGAGCUUGCUCACCAGUGGUUUGGGAACCUGGUCACUAUGGAAUGGUGGAAUGACCUGUGGCUCAAUGAGGGAUUUGCCAAGUUUAUGGAGUUUGUGUCUGUCAGCGUGACUCAUCCAGAGCUGAAAGUUGAAGAUUAUUUCUUUGGCAAGUGCUUUCACGCCAUGGAGGUGGACGCGCUGAAUUCCUCACACCCUGUGUCCACGCCGGUGGAGAACCCUGCUGAAAUUCGUGAGAUGUUUGAUGACGUUUCUUAUGUGAAGGGCUCUUGUAUUCUGAAUAUGCUUAGGAAUUACCUCGGUGCCGAUGCAUUCAAAAGUGGUAUCAUACAUUAUCUCCAGAAGUUCAGCUAUAAAAACACCAGGAAUGAAGACCUGUGGGACAGCCUGGCAAGCAUUUGUCCUACAGAUGGCAGCACGCAAGGGAUGGAUGGCUUUUGCUCUAGUGGCCAACAUUCAUCUUCAGCCUCUCACUGGCGGCAGGAGGGCCUGGAUGUGAAGAGCAUGAUGAACACCUGGACCCUGCAGAAGGGAUUCCCCCUGAUUAGUGUCAUGGUGAAGGGGCGCAGGGUGCACGUGAGGCAGGAGCACUACAUGAAGGGCCAGGAGGGCGCCGCAGAGACCGGGUAUCUGUGGCAUGUCCCUUUGACAUACAUUACCAGCAAAUCAGACACUGUCCAAAGAUUUUUGCUUACAUCAAAAACAGAUGUGCUCACCCUCCCAGAAGAGGUAGAAUGGAUCAAGUUCAACAUGGGCAUGAAUGGCUAUUACAUCGUGCAUUAUGAGGAUGAUGGAUGGGAUUCUUUGACUGGCCUUUUAGAAGGCAGCCACACGGCCAUCAGCAGCAAUGACCGGGCUAGCCUCAUCAACAAUGCAUUCCAGCUUGUCAGCAUUGGAAAACUAUCCAUUGAAAAAGCCUUGGAUUUAACCCUGUACUUGAAACAUGAAACUGAAAUCAUGCCUGUGUUCCAAGGGCUGAAUGAGCUGAUACCGAUGUAUAAGUUAAUGGAGAAAAGAGAUAUGAAUGAAGUGGAAACUCAGUUCAAGGCCUUCCUCAUCCGGCUGCUGCAGAACCUCAUUGACAGGCAGACCUGGACGGACGAGGGCUCGGUCUCAGAGCGGAUGCUGCGGAGCCAGCUCCUCCUGCUCGCCUGUGUGCGCAAGUACCAGCCCUGUGUGCAGAGGGCCAAGGGCCUCUUCAAGGAGUGGAAGGAUGCGAAUGGGAACUGGAGUUUGCCCAAUGAUGUGACAAUGGCAGUGUUUGCGGUGGGGGCCCAGGACCCUGAAGGCUGGGAAUUCCUAUACAGGAAGUACCAGUCGUCUUUGUCCAGCACUGAGAAGAACCAAAUUGAAUUUGCUCUCUGCAUUAGCCCCAAUCAGGACAAGCUGCAGUGGCUACUCGAUCAAAGUUUUAAGGGAGAUGUAAUAAAAACUCAAGAGUUUCCAGAUAUUCUCACAGCUGUUGGCAGAAACCCAGUGGGAUAUCCAAUAGCUUGGCAGUUCCUGAGGGAAAAUUGGAAUAAACUUGUACAAAAGUUUGAGCUUGGCUCACCUUCUAUAAGCUACAUGGUAAUGGGAACAACAAAUCAAUUCUCCACAACAGCGCGGCUUGAAGAGGUAAAAGGAUUCUUCAGUUCUCUGAAAGAAAAUGGUUCUCAGCUGCGAUGUGUCCAACAAACAAUUGAAACCAUUGAGGAAAAUAUACGUUGGAUGGACAAGAAUUUUGAUAAAAUCAGAGUGUGGCUCCAAAAUGAAAAGCUUGAAAGACUGUAACCAUUGGUUUCUUGCUGCUUCCUGUGAUUUACAAGCAAAAUAAUUUUGUUGAAUGUGUAGAAUUUCAAAUUCGAGAUGGCUAUCUUGGGCUGAAGACAGUUCUUUCAGCUUAUUCAUAUGAUCUUGCCUGUGGCAAGCUGGGUGUUAUUUUUUUCUUCAAUAGGUUAUUGCAACCAUCUAUUUUGUUUAUAAAAAUUGACCCAUAAAGCAAACCCAAGCGACAGAUUCCCGACCACUGAGGACAAAAAGUCCUCAAUUAAGACCUUAAAUCUGAGAAAUUGGUAAUAGAUGACACCACAGUACUACCACUGGUUAGUUGACCUAAACAAGAGUUAAGUUCUGAUGGCAUAUUUCCGGUCAUGAUAAGAUCAGCUUCCUUGCAAAUAAAUGUGCCAAACUUCCA